AUGGCUGAUUCAAAGAAACUCGAUACAGAUGCUAUCCACCAAAGAUGUUCUGCGCUUGCAGUAGCCAACCAGCCUAACCGAUGGCUUCCUGAAUCUGGCUCAGACACAUCAUAUACAUCCUCAAGAGAAGGAACGCCCGAUACAGUAGAUACGGUUGUCAUCAGACCACAAACAAGACCGGGGACACCUGACACUCUAGAGUUCCCAUCACCACCACCAGGAACACCUACACUACGCAGUCCCCGACGACGGAAUCAAGAGCAGCGAAAACCAGCCUUAUCGGGAGUGUGCAGCGACCGCUAUACGUCAAUUUCUUUGGACUCCUGUCUUGGGUGGAAUCCAGCAAAUGGAGGUUCCUUUGUCGCUCAGAGAUAUGGUAAGGGGAUGGAAAAGGGUGAUUGUCAUACCUGUCAAUACGAAAGAGGUCGGGGCGUUGGGGAAUUCGUGAUCACCUGUCUUUGCGAAAACACUCCACGCAGAGAAUAUAUUGCUGGUAGGGAGAGUCCACGUAGAAGGAACUUCACCCAACCUGGUGUGAUAACUAUUGAUAAAAACAAUCGCUUUCGCUGUUUUGAUAUCACUGGAGUUUGA